GUCACGAGACACUACAAAACAAACCACCUGCCACCACACCAAAGCUUUCUUCCUCUGUCUGUGUUCAACACUUUUGUUCUCAAAUUCUCAAAUCAAAUCACAAAUCAAAUCCCUUUCAUUCAUUUGCGUUCUCUUCCUAUAAAUCAGAAACUUCAACUUUUUCAAAAAAAAAAUCAGAAACUUCAACUAAUUAAUCUCACUUUUUAGUUUUUCUUGUCUUUCCAAACACAAACAUAAACAUGGUUCUAACACAGUCAAUUAAGUAUUUUGUUCUCUUAUGUUUCACCUUUGGUUUCAACUUGUUAACCACUUCUGUUUAUGCCCUCAACAUAGGAGCUGAAACUACAGGAGUAGCUGUUUCUGUUAGCAAAGAUUGUAGCAGACAAUGUGAGUCAAGUUUCUGCUCAGUGCCUCCAUUGUUGAGAUAUGGAAAGUAUUGUGGACUUUUGUAUAGUGGAUGCCCUGGUGAAAAACCUUGUGAUGGCCUUGAUGCUUGUUGUAUGAAACAUGACCAAUGUGUCACAGUCAAAAAUAAUGACUACUUAAGCCAACAGUGCAGCCAAACAUUCAUCGACUGCAUGGAUAAAUUUAGCAACACAAAGGCUCCUACAUUCAAGGGAAACACAUGCCAAGCUGAUGAUGUUAUUGAAGUUAUCAAGGUAGUCAUGGAAGCUGCGUUGCUGGCUGGAAGAGUUUUACAUAAGCCCUAAUCAGUAGUAACCUCGAAUUCUAAUCAAGUCUUAACUAAGACAUGAAAAAUAAUAUUCUUCUCACGGUUUUUGUAAAACCCUUUAAUUCUAAAAUGGAUAUUUUUUCAUCUGUAUGAACUGUCAACAAAUGAAAGUAAGGUUGGACAAGUCUUGAAAAGGAAAA